UGGGAGUUUCGUGAGACUACUUUGUGAAAUCAAUUGUGCAAUAUUCUGAUAAAAUGUUCAUAAAAUGAAAUAAUGUAGACUUGUUGUAUAAAACUACUUUGCAUAUAUCGAAAGUAGUGUCGUUAGUGUUUUAUUUUGAAUUUUACAAGAGAAAAGUUAUAUUUUAUUCAGUCACUUUGCAAGAUACCUACCUGUGAGUACUUAUGUGUAUGUAUUGUGUGUUAAAGUGUGACUUUUUAUUUAAUUUAUAAUAAUAUAAAUGUUACAUUCUGCGAAAUUAGUGUAUAGUUGAAAAAAAAACUUUGGUACUUAUUUUGAGGAAGCAUCAAGUUGCCACCUGUAACCAUGGAGAAACAAAUGUCCGAAGAACUUUUAAUACCCCUUUCUUCAGACGAAUGUGGCCACAGUGGCGGCGAACCAGAUAGUGACGAAGACGUCAUCACAAACUACCAUAUCCCAAGCUUGGAUAUGCUUCCUCGGCCAGGACCUUUGCCCACGAUCAGUGUCACACCCCAUUCACCAGCCAGUAAAAUAUACCCAGUUUUAGAAGACAGUCUUCAGCAAGUUCGAGAAUUACAUGAGAGUGUCCAACAUAUGCGAAAUGUCACUAUACCGGAUACGUACAUACCGAAUUCGAAAGAUCUUGCUAUUGCACUUAAUCCCCUCCUGUCUCAAAUGGCACGGCUUAGCUCAAGUUGCCCUACACUCAACGAGGCAAAUCAAGACAUGGACUUGUUGGGGGGCUCGUUGGGAUCCUCCCCGGUGCACCAGAACCGCAAAGGAAGUGCCACUCAAGACUGGCUCUGCCAGCCUGAGACACAACGAAGACGCUCAUGGUCGGCCCUCGAAGACCUCACAGUGAAAGACAAAGCGAAACAUACACGCCAGCGAAGCAUUUCCUUGAGUAGUAUGGAAUCAGAAGCGGACGAAUCGUCAUUUGUAGAUAACGUAGAUGGCAGCACUACGAAAUUACUGGGUCCUGAUGCUCCCGUUGUGCUGCGACAUCGGAAUGCGAGAGGGUCAGGGGGCGCCACUAGUACUCAUUCGUUGAACGAAGCUGAUUUACAAAAUGAUUUUAAUAAAAUUAAGGCGAAAAGGGAGGCGGAACAGAGGUUGUUGCCGCAGCGGUUGCCUUUACAGAAAUCUAUUUCCACGCCUUCUAUUAUUGCGGUUCGAGAUUUGGCCCCGGAACCCAUCCUGGCAGGGGCCCAACCCACUCUUCCCAUCUUAAUGUGUAGGGGCCGUCCCAGUGGAACCGAAAGCGAAACUGAAGAAGAGGGCAGCCGUUCUGGUCAAGCCCGUUACUCACAUUCUACACAUUUGCCAUACGUUUCGUUCGAAGGCCAUUCGGAGAAGAGGAGGAAAAGGGGCAGCUUGUUUUUCAGGAAGAAAAAGGACAAGAAUAAGAAAAUUGCCCAUCAAUGGGUUUCGGCGUGUUAUGGAUCAUCGCAAAUUUGCGAUGUUUGUGCUAAGCAUUUGAGCAAUAAACCGGCACUUUAUUGUGAAUGUUGUGGAACUACAGUGCAUCAAAAUACUUGUAAAGACAACAUAGCAGAAUGUAACAAACCUAAAAACACGAAGAAUAGUAACAAAAUGUCUGGAUUCGGUGUGCCAAACUCUAAAAACUCGUUCUCCAAACGUGGGUCUGCGUCAGUGCCUGGAAAUGUAAAUAGUACGUCGACCAGCCAAAUUUUAUGUGAUGAUAAGGAUAGCGAUUUGCACGGACACUACGACGGAACGAGUUUUCCAGACGACGUUCCGCUGGUUCCCCUCGAAUUCCUCUCCGACUCGCCGAUAACAGCGGCGGAAUUGUGCGCCGAUCUGUCUUUGGGUUUGCACGAGAACGAACCUGACUCGUGGACGCCCCACGUGGGGAAGGAAAUCUCCAGGAAAUUGAAGGAAAAGGAAGUGAAACGCCAGGAACAUAUCUAUGAGUUUAUUCUGACUGAAAAGCAUCACUGUAUGACGCUUCUUGUUAUGCAAAAAGUUUUUGUUGAAGGGCUACAAAAGUAUUUCCAAUUGGGGGCCAAUGUGGAGCGGAUGUUCCCCCGCUUGGCCGACUUAACGGAGCUCCAUUUGGGGCUGCUGGCGCGUCUGAGGCAGCGACAACGCGAAAGUCCGGUCGUCUCCACCAUCGCGGACAUCCUGCUGGAGCAGUUCUCCAACACCAACGCCUCCAAACUCAAGUCUGCUUACGGUGAAUUUUGCAGCAGGCACCGGGACGCCGUGGAGCUGUACAAGUAUUACCUGCAAAACGACGCCCGUUUCGGUCAGUUUGUGCGCCACUGUCAAGCGAACCCCCUUUUGAAGAAGAAGGGCAUUCCCGAGUGCAUUUUGUUCAUAACCCAGCGCCUAACCAAGUACCCCCUCCUGAUCGAGCCCCUGAUUAAGACAAGCAAAGAGAACAAGAAAGAGCAAGAUGUCCUCCACAAAGCCUUGGCUCUGAUCAAAGAAAUCCUCGUGGAGGUGGACGCCCAAGUGGCCGAAAAGGAGAAAGAAGACCGCAAAUUGGAAAUCUACAACCGAAUCGACGCGAAAUCGUACACAGUCCACCGCGAUCACAAGUUCAAGAAAUCGGACAUUUUGCAAGGAAAUCGCUCACUGAAGUUCGAAGGCGUGGCGAUGUUGAUGCAAGGCAGGGGCAAAAUGCAGAUCGUUCUGGUGAUUGUGCUCUCCGAUGUGCUGUUUUUUCUGCAAGAGAACUCGCACAAGUACUCGUUUUUCACCCCCGAUAACAAGGCCGGCGUGGUGUCUCUGCAGAAGUUGUUGGUGCGCGAGAAGGCCGGGCAGGACUCCCGGGGGAUUUACCUGAUUUCGUCGAAUCCGGCCGACCCGGAAAUGUUCGAAUUGAAGGUGCACAAGCCGAAGGACAAGCAGGUUUGGAUCCAUGCAAUACGGGAGGCUGUGCAGUCCUGUCCCGAAGACGACGAGGACAGCAGCGUUUUGAGUGCGGAGGAGAGACAGAGUCUUUUGAAUGCGAAACAGAUUCGGCACUUUGUCGAUGCAGAAUCGGAUGUCGAAGGUCUUUUGCGUCAAAAAGACAUAGAACAGGCGCUUCUUCUAGAGGAAAAAAUGUCUCUACAAUUGAAGCUAUUGAGUGCCGCUGGCAUCGACCCCCCAUCCCCUUCGUCGUAUCGCCAACUCGUGAGCGAAAAUGUGGACACUGGUCAGAUGUGGAAGGAAGUUUUAACAGCAGUGCAGGAAGUCAACCGAUUGGUCAGUUCUCUAUACACCACUGGCACGAAUCUCUCCAGAAGUGUGAGUUCGGCGGGGGAGCACCAGAGUGAGACUUACGUUUCUCCAAUUCUACCAAAACGUGCCGAAACUUUCGGUGGCUUCGACAAUCCCAAUCAACCACCGGUGAAAGUCCCAGGAAAGAAGAAUCACUCAUCGGGGGGCACUCCAGUGGCCACGCCCGAAGUGGAAACGGUCAAGCCUGGCGACUCCAAACUUUUCGAAAAACUCCCCUACCGAAACUACGUUAUUCCGACGACGAUUGGAAGCGCCAAUAAUUUAAAUAUGGAAAAUUCGCAGCAAUUGGCGGCGGCCCCCGACGCCCCCGCCUUGCUUUCCUUGGGGCGAGAACAGCAAUACACGGCCGUUAAAUUGUCGCAUUAUGUUUAUACUCUUCUUUGUAUUAUUUCGCAGUUGAUGACUACAAAUGAAAGUUAUCAAGCUCAAUUAAAUGCCUUAAAAGUCGGUGGGGAGGGAGCAAGACAAUACAGACACAAUCAGCAAUUAGAAGAAUUAAGAAAUUUACAAGACAAGUUGAGUGGUGAAAAAGCAGCCUGGAUUGCGACCAGAGACCAGGAAGCUAAAGAAUUGGAAGAGAAAAAAGCGGAACUUUUAAAAUUACAAGAGCAAAUUCGAAUCGAACAGGAAGACAUUAAAGAGCAAAGAGAGCAACUAUUCCGUAAAAUGGAGAAGCUAACAAACAAAGGUUUGAUCAUUUCCCCCAACGUGGGGGCUCUUUCCUUGACCGGUCAACUCGACGACUGCAAAGACAGUUCCGAGGACAGCCCCCAGUCGGACAGUUCAACUUCGAUAGCUUCGUCAGCAAGUGGUCAAAAUUCGACAAUGGACAAGAAAAAAGACAGUAAAUGGAGCAAGAAUACUCAAACCAAAUCGCAGUUGCCGAUGAAUCUGAUCAGCACCACCAAUCAGCAGAAGGCGCAACAGAACGUCCAAGUGAAGCAGCAGAUUCCGCUGAAACUGGCUUCGAGACUGAGCUCGAGUGGGCCUGUGGCCGGGUCGACAGGCAGCCCCCAGAUUCUGCCCCUCAAGUUGAGUCAAGACGAGAAGGUCAGGCGGACGAGCACCUCGGGGUACCAGCGAUUGAGUCCCCCAUCGGGCGAAACCACCCCGACGACGUCUCAUUCGCACACCAGGACCGGCUCGAGCCCCGCCACGAUGCAGGUGUCCCCGCCGGGGCCCGCGCCUUCCCACCAAAACACGGCGAGUAUGAAAGGGGCGCGGCAGACUUUCCACAAAAUCGGCGACGAAGAGGUCAUUUAUUUCUGACGGUUUUCCACGAAAAUGUUCAAUUCGGUAUCUUUGUUUGUACGGAGAUGUAAAAGAGAUAACACGAAUUUUUAUUAAUGUUGACGCAGUCUUUCAGUCGAUUUAAAUAAAACGUUUCGUCUUGGGGUUAACAAGAGUCGUUGCCGGUCUUUAAAAAUUUCUCAGGUGAAAUAAAGUGAUCAUGUGGUAAUAAAAUUCAAAUCCGGACCUGUUUUCGAGCAUUUUCACGCCGAAUUCGAACCGAGAAAUACCCGAGAUUUUUUUGGAGUAAGUGGACAAAAUUACUUAGAAGCCGGUUUUCUAGCGUUCAAUAUUUUAGGUUAUUUCAGUUUCUUGGGGUGGCGUUAAGAUCAUUUAUUAUUCUUAAAUAAUGUUUUAUCAAUAAAAUUAAUGUUAAUUUGUAACCAAUCUAAAACGUUUAGCCAAUCAGGGUGACAAAUUCUUGAAAUCAAACCUGAAAUUCUUUGAGAUUUUAAUUUCUUGGGUUGGCAUUAACAUUUUUUGUUUUUAUUUAAAAAUCCACAAAAAUAGUGGUCUUUAAAAUUCUUGAGAAAGGAGUAUGUGAGCAAAAUUACCUAAUUAGCUGUCAUUUUUCUAGCAUUUUUCAGUUCGAUAUUUAGGUUUUUUUAGUUUCUUGGAGUGGCAUUAAAAUCAAUUUUUUUUAUUCUCAAAUAAUGUUAAGUUAAUAAAAUUAGUAUUACUUUAGCAUUCUAGGAAAUUAAGCAUUGAAAAAAACGGGUAAAUAAUUUUUUAAUUUCAGCUUUUUCGAUGUAGAGAUAUGACAUUUCUCAGGUUGGCAACAAAUUUAAUAUCCCAUUACAACAACCUUGAUUUAUUACAAGAUUAAAUUAUUGACGGCUACACUUUGGAAAUGAUUGACAAUUACCUAUAAAAGUGUGACGUUUGUAUUUGACAAUCAAGGUUGCCAAACUAAUAAUUUUUCAAAAUGUUACUUGUUAUUUAAAAAAAAUAUCAAUUUGAGCUAUUUUCAAGCGAUUUGAGUGCCGCAUAUGUCAAAUGUCCAUUUUAAAGAGCUCUCAAUAGAAAAAAUAGUAUAAGAAACACGUGC